AUGGAAAAUGACACAUGGGCGCAAACCCUGUUUACAAUCACUCCAGAGGAGGAUGGCUACCUCCGGGAAAUCACAGAGACAACAGUCAUAUCAGCACCGGAAGAGACGCCACUCAUUUUGGAUACCGACAACAUCGCGCACAGAGAAACCCUGGUGAAAAUAACCCGCGACUUCAUAGACCCUCGUGAGCUGGAGAAGACGGAAUUUCAGGAGUCGGAAUGUCAAACUUACAUGAAAGGAAUUCCGAAGGUUGAGUACGUGAUUUCUCAUCAAGAUGAAGCUACUCAAACGCUUUAUAUUGGGAGAAACUGCCCACCUCCUCCUGGACAGACAGCUAGGACUAUCGUCAACGUCCUCAACAAGAAGACGCUCCCGAAACUCAAGAAGAGUCAGCUCGCUCAGACGAUCAUCACAGUCCUAGAAGACCUUCCCCAACAUGAAAUUCUGAAAGGUCUCCUAGCAGACAUCACCGACGAAGAGCAGAGGGACCCUCAGCUGAUGGUCAGUGCCACCGAGGAUGAAUCCCCGAAGAUCGAGGGUUUAGAUCUCAUAAACUUCAUCAUCGACCGGACCAUCUGGAUCGCAGACACCGAUCCCGAAGUGAUGGUCGAGACACAAGACGUGGAAGUGCAAACGACCAUAAAAUACAACAACCGCAUAAAGGGAUUCAUGAUUGAUUUCGAAGGGCAGACGAGUAUGACCUUGGAGCCGAGUAAAUCCAACUCGAAGCUCCUUGAUGAUUACCUCGAGGUCAAACGAUUCGUUGAGGACCUGCUCGAAAGGUCGAUCGAUGCUGGAGUUCACAACAGAAUCUUCAUUGAUGAUCUUCUGGAUGAGAUUAUCGACAGGUGCAGUGAGUUUGUUCAUCUGCCGUUGAGGGAUGAAGCUGUUCAGACUCUGGCGUCUGGUCGACCGUUUGAAGCUAAGGACGAUGAGGUCUUGAAGACGCUGAGGAGAUCGGUUAUUUCUGAUCCUGUGCAGGCUGCUGCCAUGAUUCUGCCGAUAGUCGGUGGUAUGUUGGAUAGAGUUGCGGAAAAUGUUGCGGCGGAUGCUAGGGACUCCGCGAAGUUCGUUGUUGAUAGAGUUGUUCAGAAGAGUUGUGUUAUUGGGAAGAAGUUAGAUGAUAUUCAGAAUGUCUCUCAGGGUCCCCCAAUCGAUCAAAUAUUCGCCCUGAGAAAGCGAAAAUUAUUGAGGUCGAUGCCGAAGAAAAAAGAGAUGGAGGACGCGUGGACCCAGACGGGUCUAGCAGGUGUCCCCCAACUCCGUAAAUUCCAGGAGAAUAAGGAAGUCGUGUGUUGCGUCUGUCCGACCCAGUCCAAGUGCCAGUGGUGCUUGGUCGGGGAGGAGGAGCCCCCGAAGAAGGACACCAAGUUGCUCCGAACGCAGGAUAUCCUGUUAGCGUACAAACCGUGUUACGUGGUUAUGGAUCCUGCUGAAGCCACUCCCGACAUGAAGCGACCGUGUUCUCCCCCGGAAAUCGGCGUUCAAAUUAAUUCGUCUAUUGGGACCGAAACGUCAACCGAAUCCUUGAGUUCGUAUGAGCCAUGCCCUUGUAUGGUCGAUGCAGAGGAAAAACUUGAAGUUGCAGGAAUCGGAUGA